AUGGACGACCUCUCCGGGUUGGACUGGUCCGCAUCGAGCACCAAACAACAGCCAAAAGCCCCCUCCAUCCCUCCAGGCGCCAACUACUACGGCUCAGCCCAGCUGAACCCCUCGCCCUCGCCCUUCCAGUCCGGCCGAAACACACCCCUCUCGACGACGCAGAGCAAGCCCUCGACGCCGCCCGUCGUCGGCGGCCAGACGAAACCCCCCGCCGCCCCCGCCGACAGCUUCAGCAACCUCCUGAACUUUGGCGGCCCCGCCAAGCCCAACGCGAACCUCUCCCUGCGCGAGCGCCAGGAGCGACUCGAGGCCGAGAAGAGGCAAAAGGCCGAGGAGAGGCGGAAACAGGCCGAGACGAGCUUCGGCAGCGGGCAGUUCUGGGACACGCUCGGCAACAGCAACGCUGCGUCGCGCACGGCGUCGCCUGCGCUGGCGCCGCCGUCGCGGCGCCCCGGCCACGCUAACCGCUGCGGCACCGGCGGCGUCGAAGGCGUCCGACCAACACGGCCGACGAUGACGACUUUUCUGGGUGACCUGGCGAAACCGGUGGAGGAGGUACGGCGCAAGCGCUCCCCACAACCGAAGCAGCCCGAGGCAGGCAAGCCUAUCGAGGGCUUCGACUCGAGCUCAGACGAUGAAGCACCUGUGCAGCCUCCACGAAGAGGAAAAGGCCAGUCGGACGCGUUUGACGAUGCUGUCGCGCAGCUCGUGGACUACGGCUUCACAUCCGAAAACGCCAGGCGAGGCUUGACGGAGAGUGGUGCUGGCCUCAACGUGCAAGCGGCGGCGAACUGGCUGCUCGACGAUGCGCAUCGACAAUCAAAAGCGAAGGCACAGGGAAAGGAUCCCCUGGCCGAGUCCAGGCGACAUCGCGACGAAGGACGAGCCGAUGGGCCCCGGCGGACGGGUUCUAGGUCACCCGCUGCCGGCGAUGACCUCUCCAAGGCCGCCGCGGCUGUGGGAAGCAGUGUCUUCAAGGCGGCCAACUCGUUUUGGAAGACGAGCAAGAAACAGGUCGCGCAGGCCUACGCUGAAUUCAACCAGCCCGAGGGAGACCCCAACCAGCCGAAGUGGAUGCGUUCGGCACAACAAGAACAGGGCCAGCCUGCACCCAGGAGACAAGCUGCAGAAGCGACGGACGAGGCCAUGAUGCUCGACUCUGGCGCGCGACCAGAGAGGAGACCAGCGCAGAGACCACAGGCGCCGCGGCCCGACGAGCCCAAGGCGUCGCCGCGAGGGCAAUCCCCGGCUCUGUCGGCCGGCCCGUCAUCUGGACGCAACAGCCCGGCGCCGAGGUGGCAGCAGUCCGCGCCCGUCACCCCCCAGCCCCAGCCACAGUCCCAGCCAGCAGUACCGCAGGAGGAGCCUGAUCUACUGUUCAACACGCAAGCACCAAAACCCCAGACGGCACUACCGCAGCGCCCAGCACAAGCUGCUCAGCCCGUCAAGCGGCCCACGCCAGCUGCCGCUCCACGGGCAACACCUCCCGCCCGCCAAAUCCCAACCAUCUCGCCAGCAGCUGUCGCGCAGUCCGCCCAGCACCGCCUCGCGGGCACCCAGCACUUCAAGCGUGGCGACUAUGCCUCUGCUCAUGCGUCGUAUUCCAGCUCCCUCGCAGCGAUGCCAUCCACCCACCCCCUCGCCAUUGUCAUUCUUACGAAUCGCGCCCUCACCUCCCUGAAGAACGGCGAGCCGAAAAAGGCUGUGGAGGAUGCCGACGCCGCGCUGCAGGUCAUAGGCCCUUCUCAGGGCCAGGGCGAGCACGUCAGCGUCACGACAGACGCUGGCGCCGAGGAGCGCCGCGACAUGCGCGACCUCUAUGCCAAGGCGCUGAGCCGCAAGGCCGAGGCGCUCGAGCAGAUGGAGCGCUGGGCGGAGGCCGGUGCCGUGUGGCAGACGUGCGUGCAGGGCGGCAUCGGCGGGCCCACGGCCGUCGCGGGCCGGCAGCGGUGUCAGGCGGCUCUCGCGCCGAAGCCCAAACCCAAACCCAAGGCGGCGCCCGCGCGAGCGCCCGUCAGGCCACGUGCGGCGGCGGCGCAGCAGCAGAAGAGCUCCGAGGCUGUCGAGAGGCUGCGGCAGCAGAACGUGGCGGCUGCGGCCGAGGACGACGAGAAGUUUGCGCUAUCGGAAAAGGUCGACGCGCGGAUCGCGGCGUGGCGGGACGGCAAGCGGGACAACCUGCGCGCCCUGCUGGGAAGCCUCGACACGGUGCUCUGGGAGGGCAGCGGGUGGAAGAAGGUCGGGCUGCACGAGCUCGUCAUGGCGAACAAGGUCAAGAUUGCGUACAUGAAGGCGAUUGCCAAGUGUCACCCGGACAAGCUUGCGCAGGACGCCAGUACCGAGGUCAGGCUCAUCGCGGCGACCGUGUUCGCGACGCUCAACGAGAGCUGGGACAAGUUCAAGUCGGAGAACGGCUUGUAG